GCAUCAGUUAGGUGAGGUGAAUGUGCAGGACUACUGUUUAUAUCCAACUAACUAUCAAUUAGACUUAAAGGAAUAACCAUAAUUACUAACAAGUAAUAAUUGAUAAGUAAUUUUGAAACUGGUAAGGAAUUGAUUAAUACUGUAAAGAAAUUAUUUAGUAGCAAUCAUUAAUUAUUGGAGAAAUUAUUUGUUAUUAAUUGUGAAAUUUUAAUUUUAUAUAUAUAAACAAAUAAUUUAAAUAAUAUGCUGGGUCCAUCAACUUCAAGUGAAAGAUCUACCAUGAAUGUUAAUGGACAUUUAACUGAACAACAUCAUCAAGAUACUCGAAAUGAAUAUGAUCCAGCUGUUUCCGCAGCUGCCGCAGCUGCAGUAGCAGUAUCUGCUUCAGGUUAUUCAGGUUUAAAUUCAGAUGAAACUAAUCAUUUUCAUAAUCAACCAUAUCAUGCUGCUAAUGCUAGUGCAGCUGCAGCAGCUGCUGAACUUCAACAUCGUCAAGAACUUCAAAGAAGACAGCAACAAUUGCAACAACAAGAAUUGCAUCAUCAACAACAACAAUUACAACAAUUUCAACAACAACAACAGCAACAACAUCAUCAACAACAACAGCAACAACAGCAACAACAACAACGAUUACAACAACAUCAACAACAGUUGCAUCAUCUUCAACAGCAACAACAACAACGUAUACCGGAACUUACUCAAGCACACCUUGGUGAAGAUUAUGAAGGUGCAGUUUUACAAUCAAGAUAUAUUGAUAAUGAAAUAAUUAAGACAUUUUCAAGUAAACAAGAUCUUGUUAAAUUUGUUAAAUAUACUUUAAGUGAUGAAGAACAUUGUAAAAUUGUUAUUAAUUCAUCUAAACCUAAAGCUGUUUAUUUUCAAUGUGAAAGAUCAGGAUCAUUUAGAACUACUGUUAAAGAUUCUGCUAAAAGACAAAGAGUUGCUUAUACUAAAAGAAAUAAAUGUGGUUAUAGAUUAGUUGCUAAUUUAUAUCCUCCAGAAAAGGAUAAGAAAAAGAUUAAAAAGGAUAAUAAUUUAGAUGAUAAAUUAACUGAUUUUAGUAGUAAUACUACUAAUAAUAAUUCAAAUUCAACUGGAGGUCAUGAUGAAAUGUGGAUUUUAAGAAUGAUUAAUCCUGCUCAUAAUCAUGGACCUGAUGUUGUUAAUGGUAAGAAAAAAAGACUGAAAUCUUCGAGAACUUUAGUUGAAAAACCAAUUAAUAAAGGUGGUAAUCCUUAUGCAUCACCAGAUGUAUUAAGUCAUUUACAUCCUCAUAAUGGAUUAACUACUCAUCAACAUAUACAAUCUCAUUUACAUGAUCAUCAUACUCCAUCUGUACAAGAUCCUGCUGUAAUUGCAGCAAUUGAAGCUACACCAACUGCAGCAGCUGCUGCAGUAGCUGCAUUACAUUCUCAAAAUGCUAAUGUAGAUCCUAAUAUAGAUCCAAAUGUUGAUCCAAAUGUUCAAGCUCAUGAUCAUAGUCAUGGAUUAAGAGGUUCAGUUCCAUUACAGAAUCUUAGAAGGUGAGACACCUCUGACCUUUUUUCUUUAUGUAUACUUAGUUGUUUUUAUUAAUCUGUUAUUCUACGUACUUAGUUACUUUACUUUACUUAUUUACUUUAUUUUACUUUCUUAGUCUUUUUCUUUCACUGUGUUUUACUUUUAUCUCCGCUUGCUUGUUUCGUCUAGUUUAUAAUAAACAGUGUAUUUGUAUUAUUAGUGUAUGGUACAGUAUUUAGUGGAGCAGCUGCUAAAGUGCGCGUGACUCACGACCAACGAAGAGGCUCAAAGAACAAAAAAAAAUUAUUUUAC